UUCCCGGGGCGGGGCGGGGCGGGCCGGAAGCCGGCGGCGGCGGCGGCGGCGGCGGCGGUUCCGGUGGCGGCGGCGAUGAGCUUCGCGUGGCCGUGGCAGUACAGCUUCCCGCCCUUCUUCACGCUGCAGCCCAACGGCGAGACGCGGCAGAAGCAGCUGGCGGCCUGGUGCGCGCUGGCGCUCGCCUACAGCCGGCGGCACCGGCUGCCCGCCAUGACGGUGCGGGAGGCCCAGGACAGCCCGCUGUUCGCCAACCGCCGCCUGCAGCGGAAGCUGCCGCUGGAGUCCAUCCAGGUGGUGCUGGAGGAGCUCCGCAAAAACGGGAACCUGGAGUGGUUGGACAAGAACAAAACCAGCUUCCUCAUCAUGUGGAGGAGACCUGAGGAGUGGGGAAAGCUCAUCUACCAGUGGGUGUCAAAGAACGGCUUGACCAACUCCGUAUUCACGCUGUAUGAGCUGGUCAGCGGAGAUGAUACUGCAGAUGAAGAGUUCCACGGCCUGGAUGAGGCCAUGCUGCUUCGUGCCCUGCAAGCCCUGCAGCAAGAGCACAAGGCUGAAAUCAUCACGCUGGACGAUGGCCGAGGCGUCAAGUUCUUCUGAUGGGAGCCCUCUCCCUGCCGCUCCUCUCCGGCUGCUGAAGUAUUUCUACUGCGAAGGUUUCAUCUCCUGGCCUGGUUUCAAGCCGUGUCUGCAAGCAGCUGCAUACUCGGGAUUUCUUGGGGCGAGGAGAAUCUGUGAAGCCUUCCAAAGACAUGACUUUUUUUAGAAAUAUUCGGAGAUCCUCCGUCUUUCUUUCCUCCCUGUUGUGUUUGAGAGGCUAAAGCUGCUCUCAGCGGUUCCGAGAGGGACCACCCAGAAGUGAAACAAGGGAACUGCUCCCGUGGCUGCUCCCUGCUCCUGGGAGAGCAGGGGAUGGGCUCUUCCGUGGCUGGUCAGCCCUGGCCUCUGAGGGCAGCUCCUCUCCCACCUUCCAGCCACGUGCCUGGGCUCGGCAGUCCCCGCUGCUCGGGCUGAAGGCAGGCAGACGGGACGCGCUGCUGCUGCGGUGUAAAAGACCUCGCUGGAAGAAGCACGUGCUCGCUGCAAAGCAGGCUGCGUGGUGGGGCGGGUGCCAAGGAGCUAAUCUGAAGUAAUUAAAAUGACAUGUAUUUAUAGAGCC